AUGAAAAUGAAGCAGGGAAAAAGCUACUUACCACUACCUUUUGAGCAAGCUUUGAGGCAGGAAAGGUCCUUUUCAGAUGAGAGCAUGAACAGUCUUCAUAAGGACGCGGCAGAGAGCUUCACAAUUUGGAGGAACAACAAAGAUACUAUUACGGCCCAUGAAGAUAUGAUUGAUGAUUUGAAUAAAUUUCUCGAGGAAGCGUGUCAGCAAAAAGAACAGCAAGAGCGUCAUAAGUCGAAGGUGUGGAAACUUGGAUAUAACUUCGCCUUGAGACAAAUGUCUUUCCUCUUUCUUAGCAUUUCUUGCACUAUCCUAAUGAUCGUAUUUUCGUGCACCGAAACCUAUCCCGGUAAGAUACAAAAGGCUAUUGAGAUUCGUAUAUUGGACGUCUUUUGCAACAUAACCGAGUUCCUAAUUCUCCUACUACACGACACGGUGACAACAUCGGCUCUACUAGUCGAUCUUAUUGCAUUUAUAUCGACACUAAGCUUCAAAGCGGGCCAGGCCUUUCUCAUUGCCCGGCUUGUCCAACCAGCGGAUCCGGUAGAAGGUACAGUGGGAUACUUCAAUGCCUUAUGUCCAGCCAUUGUGGCAGGUGUCCGUCAUGUCCAUUGCGUGAGAGCCACGCCUGUGAUGACACCGGGUAUUUUCAGUGGUGGUGCAGUAUUUGAGAAUGUGGCUCCCUUUAAGGAACGAUUGACUGAUCCAGUGCUGCAAGAGCUAUUAAUGUCCGUAAUGAUUGGCACAAUUAAGGUGAAGGUGUCUUCGCCGAUUGACAAUCAAUAA